GAUAGCCAUCAAUUAAACUAAACUGAGAAGAGACUUAAAAAUGGCUUUUGUCACUCUCAAUUUCCGUUCCCUCGUCAUCAAUUUCUCUUCCGCUCCAGCCAUCGUCUUUAACCGGAAUUCCUAUCCAAUUCCUCACACGCUUCAUCUCAAACGUUUCCAGAAGAAAUCCCGCCAAAAUAGACCCCUAACCGUCUCAUUUGCACUUGCAGAAUCAGAAUCUCCAGGGUCACUCAAUGCCCAAUCUCUCCUCCAAGAACUCGCCGAUAGUUUUGUUCUUCCACCUGAUUACUUGGCACAGCUCCCGGACGAUCUUCGUAUCGACCUGAAUGAUGCUGCUUUCGAUCUUUCCAAUGGACCUGUUCUUGAUGAGUGUGGUCAAGAGCUGGGAGAGAUAUUGCUGAACCUAUCUCGAUCAUGGGAACUAGCUGAUACAUCAACAUCAUGUAGUAUAGUGAGCAAGCUUCCUUCUUUGGAGGCCUCCUUGACAAACAAUGCCAAAUCAGCAUUUGGCAAGCGUUUGGUAUCUGCUGGCAGGAGAUUUCAAUCUAUGGGACAGUAUGGUCAAGGCGAGCUUCAAAGGAUAGCCAAAGUAAUGAUUAAGACUGGAAGGCUACUGUCUGCCAACCCAAUGACUACUACGGAUGAACAACCCAAACAAGAAAGUAGGAUGUUCAAGUUUGGAGAACUACAGGUUGAAUUAACUUCAAACGGUGCCAAUAUUGGAGCAGCAAUUGGUUUUGCUUUUGGGAUUCUCUCAUGGGAAUUAAGCCAAGGUAUUCAAAGCAUACCAGAGAGCUCUCUGCAGUAUGCAAAUGAUAAUGCGUUACUACUAGCUAAGUCACUGAGGGGCGCCCUACUUGCAAUUUGUUAUUCAUCCACUCUCUUGUCCGCCUUUGCUUCUGUGGGACUCAUCUUACUCGGAAUACAGCUAAAGUCGAAAGAGCAGCAGUGAACUCUUAAGAUCUAUCAGCCUUUCCUUUGCUUAUGUUUGACAAUGUAUUUACUUAAUUUGUGUAUCUAGAAGCAAUCAAGGAAAGUUAAAUUGCAAUCA